AUCGUUUAAAAAAAAUCCUAGUUUACACUGCCCAAUUUCACCUCAGAAGGAGAUAAGACACGCGUUACUUUUCUUUUUUUUUUCUUUCUUUAUUUUUUUUUUAUUAUUAUUAUUUUUGUGUGUGUUUUGAGCUCCUUAAGUCUAUUUGUUCUCCCUUGUCAUGUGAUCAGUGCAGAGGAUGUCUUUUUGGAUGAUGUGCGGGAGGUGUGAAUCUUGGUUUGUAAUACAUUAGUAUUUGUAUUGUACAUUUUGAGAUUGUCAUACGCUCUUUCUUUGUUGGAUUUCUUUAUUGUUUGUUGUAAUAAGUAAAAGUUCAAUGAAAAAAAGACACGCGUUACUUCCGCAUUCCUAAAUUCCUAUGGCGGUCUAUGGGAAUGUCUAUGGCUCUGGUUUACACGGAGUUUGCCAAAUGCCCUCGAUUCUAUUGGUUCUGACGUUUGGAUAUAGGUGUCAAUCAUCCAAAUUGACCAAUCGGUGGCCGAGAUAGCCGUUCGCCGUCAUGACGCAGCACGCACAGCGAAUACAACAGAGCGCACAGCAGCAGCGCGCAAAGUUAAACCGAACAACUGAACGCACGCGACACGCGUAGCCUUAUUUUACUGAUUAUCGAGCCAUUCUUUCUUAUUUCUUGGAGAAAUAAUGGCCGAGAUGAAAUGGCAGAAGAUGUCGACCGCCGAAACACUGCAAAUGAUCCAGGCGGACGACGAAGCUCCGCUCAUUGCCGUUGACUCUUCAUCGGACGAUGAAGAUCUCUUUGUUGCUGAGGGCAUAUCGGACGACAGUGACCCUGAUUAUAGGCUUCCAACAUCAGAAAGUGAUGAAGAUUAUGAGGGGCCUUCAUCUUCUGCUGCCUCUUCACCAACCCAACCCCCACAGCCCCAGCCAGGGCCAUCAAGCACAACCCCCACGUCAUCUGAUUCUGAUGUGCCUCAAGAAAGACUUCCGAAAAGAAAGCGGAAAGCACUGCAGAAGUCUCCAAGAACUAAGCGAGGUCGGAGUGGGUCUGCCACUUCUUCAACAGACCAAGACCAUUCGUGGCACAAUAAAGAGAAGAAGGAUACCAAGCCUAACCCACCCAGGUUCAUGCCAUCCAGGACCCCAGGCCCCACCUUUGAUACGACAGCAUCAUGGUCUCCCCUCACCCUGUUCCAGCUGUUUUUCAGUGCGUCUGUGGUCAGGACAAUUAUUGACAAUACAAAUUCCAAUGCUGCUAAGAGAAUAAAGGCUGGGAGGAAGUUUGUAUGGAAGACGCUAACAACACAGGAAUUUUACAUUUUCAUGGCCAUCAUACUUUACACAGGCCUCGUUCAGGUGCAUCUCAGAUCCGACUACUGGCGGAAGGCGUGGCCAUACAACUUCCACUUCCCAAGUGAAAAGAUGUCACGGAGCCGCUUUGAAGCCAUCUUGUGGUCCCUGCAUUUGAGUAACCCGGAAGAAGACGAGGAGAAUGAGCGGAAAAGGAACACGGAUCAGUAUGACAGGCUUUUCAAGAUCAAGCCUCUCUACACUGAGAUAGUGACCGCCUGCCAGGCCAACUUCCAUCCGUAUAAAAACAUCUGCAUCGAUGAGAGGAUGGUCGCGUCCAAGGCCCGCAGCAGCAUGAAGCAAUACAUGAAGGACAAACCCAUAAAGUGGGGCUACAAACUCUUCGUGCUGGCCGACGCAUCAACUGCAUACACGUGGAAUUUUUUUGUGUACUCCGGCAAGAAAAUGGUCACCACAGGCCAAGGUCUCAGCUACACUUCAGUCAUGGACCUUUUGCCAUUUCCACUGCUUGGUUCGGGCUAUAAUUUGUUCGUAGAUAAUUUUUACAGUAGCCCUGCCCUGUUUCUCGACUUGCACACGAAACACAUUGGUUGUUGUGGGACCAUCAGACGAAAUCUUACUGGUUUUCCACACACCACACAAAACGACCUCCACAAAAAGGCUGCCCGGGGAGAUAUGCGCUGGAUAAGGGAGGGCAAGCUUCUUUUUGUAAAGUGGAUGGACACCCGGGGGGUGUCCAUGUGCUCCACUAUCCAUGAAGCUUUUAGUGGACAUACUGUCAAGAGGAAGGUGAAAGAGGCUGGUGUGUGGCAAACAAAGGACAUCCCUAUUCCGGACGCUGUUGUGGACUACAACAAAAACAUGGGUGGCGUUGAUGUAUCCGACGCCUUGAUUGGCUAUUACACCGUGCACCAUAAGACAAUGAAGUGGUACAAGACUUUCUUUUACCAUUUCAUCGACAUCGCGGUGGUGAACAGUUUCCUUCUUCACAAGGAGCUGUUCAAGAUGAGGAAAGAGCCCACACUAACUAAGCCUCUCACACAGAAAAUAUUCAGGGAGAGGUUGGCUGCAGAAAUGUUGAGCUUCGCUGAGGCCUCAGCACCUCCACCACCUCCACCACCACCGCCACAGCCCACCUGCAUGCCUAUGUAUUAUGGGGGUGAUGCCACACAAGCACGGCGGUACUGCAGGAGAUGCCAGGAGGCUGGCUGGCAAAGAGUAAAAACCCCCAUUCAUUGCCGGAAGUGUCAGGUCCCUCUGUGCCUCACCUCGAGGAAAAACUGUUUCCAGGAGUGGCAUGACAGCCAUUAGUGGGAUUAGGACAGGAACACAUGUAGCUAUUGCUAGUGGGUUUUUUUUCUUCUUCUAAACAGUUUUACUGAGUUUUUUUUGUGUUUUUACAGUUUGUUGUGAAUAAAUCUGCUCCAUUUGGAGUCAAACUUUA